CGAGAGAUCGGACCAGCCAAAAGGCGGGAGGGUCCACGAGCAACAGUGACCAAACGCUUGAUCCAGCACAGGCGUUCGUGUCAUGAGAAGGUGAAGCCGUUGGAAGCACACCUGUACAUGCUGAAACGACAACUCGUCUCCUUUGACAAGACCUUUGACUCCGCCAUCCAGCCAUACUCCCGCAUCUCUUCGCUCUCACUCACUGCUACCCUCUACACCAAAUGCCCGCGCGAGCUGCGCGAUUUAGUGUACUACUAUCUUCUUACUGAGCACACGACGACCGACGACCCCACCGUACUGCAAAUUCAGCGAUACUACGAAGCGCCCAUCGACUCGAAGCCAAUCUUCUUAGAUUCUGGAUACGUUCAUGGAGAAGUGCUGUCGGAGAUCAGGUACACGGUGGAGAAGAAGGCUGCACAGAAACUACACUCCCGGUCGUAAACACAAGCCGUAGGAUUGUCGUAUUGAUGUGAAGAGGACAUACAAGAUGAGAAAAAUUAUUACCGGCUGGUGUCCUGAGAUAAACGUGUUGAUGGGUUUCGAGGACUUAUAGUAUGAAUAGCGUGUACUGCGUUAAUUUCAUAGGCAUCCUUUGCAGUAAAAUCAGUCA